AUGCCUUCCAAUACCUCAGAUGAUGACAUACCUCUGGCGAGAGCCAGCCAUGCAUCUGCUCCCACCAUCUCUCCGUCCACAGACCGCGAAAUGGACAAGUCGGCUUCCAAAGCCAGACCCGGUCCCCCCGGUGCUUCGAUUCGCCACGGUCCGGUCGAUGACCGCAUGGACAUUGACUCUACGCCCAACGGCAAUGCCAAACGGAAGUCUCGGAGCUCAAUCAACCAGGCAGUCCAGUACAAGGAAGAAUCAGACAGCGAUGAUGGUGCGCCCCUGGCAAAACGCCAAAAGUCGAAGCACAAAAAAGCCGAAUCCGAUUCGGAUGAUGAGCCAAUUGCAAGAAAGAACGGCUUUAAGCUGCCGCCUUCCAUCAAGGAAACGGCGACUCUCGAGUCAUCUGAUGACGACCAGCCUCUAGGGACGAAAAUAGCUCAGAGAAAAGCCGACAUCGAGAAGGCUGCUGCGAAAGAAGCGAAGGCCCUGCGCGCUGACGCCAAGGCCAAGGCCAAGGCUGCUCCCAAAAGGGAUGUCAAGGAGGAGUCAGACGAUGAGCCUCUGGCGAAGCCCAAAAAGCGGCAGUCAAAUGGUGUCUCAUCCGCGAAGAAGGUCAACGGCGUCAAGAAAGAAGAAGAGUCCGAUUCCGACGCGCCUAUAGCCAAAAAGGCCAGGAAAGCCGCUCCUCCUCCGAAGAAAACCAAGAUGGCCCCGGCCACCGAGCGUGCCACGUCUGUGAAGAGCGAGUCUAAAGAGAAUAGCGACGGUGAGGAUGAGGAGGAGGAGGAGUACCGGUGGUGGGACGCCCCGAAGAAGGAAGACGACUCGAUCAAGUGGACGACGCUGGAGCACAACGGCCUCUACUACGAUGGGAAGCCAGUCAGCUUACAUGUUGACGCUGAGGAGGUGGCAACUUUCUUUGGCUCCAUGCUCCACUCGACGCAAAACGUCGAGAAUCCCGUCUUUCAAAAGAACUUCUUCAACGACUUCAAGGAUAUCCUGAAGAAAACUGGCGGGGCCAAAGACAUGAACGGCAAUGCGGUUGACAUCAAGGAAUUCAAGAAGCUUGAUUUUACCAAGAUUUUUGAGCACUACAAGUCGCUUAGCGACGCCAAGAAGGCGCGUCCGGCCGCUGAGAAGAAGGCCGAAAAGGCCGAAAAGGACAAGAUGGAGGCCCCCUACAUGUACUGCAAGUGGGACGGCCGCAAGGAGAAAGUGGGCAACUUCCGCGUCGAACCGCCUGGUCUCUUUCGUGGCCGCGGUGAACAUCCGAAGACCGGGACGGUCAAAAAGCGUGUCAUGCCCGAGCAAGUCACCAUCAACAUUGGCAAAGGGGCCAAGGUUCCGGAUCCGCCUCCGGGACACAAGUGGAAGGCUGUUCAGCAUGACAACAAGGCGACCUGGUUGGCUAUGUGGCAGGAGAACGUCAACGGCAACUACAAGUACGUGAUGCUGGCAGCCAACAGCAGUAUCAAGGGCCAGUCCGACUUCAAGAAAUUUGAGAAAGCUCGCGAGCUCAAGAAGCACAUCGACCGCAUCCGUGCCGAUUACACAAGGGAGCUCAAGAGUGAAGUCAUGGCAGACCGACAGCGUGCAACCGCCAUGUACCUGAUUGAUAAGUUUGCGCUGAGAGCUGGAAACGAAAAGGACACGGAAAACGAAGCCGAGACCGUCGGCUGCUGCUCGUUGAAAUACGAGCAUGUCACGCUCAAAGAACCCAACACGGUCAUCUUCGACUUCUUGGGUAAAGACAGCAUCCGGUUCUACAAUGAGUUCGUCGUGGAUCGACAGGUGUUCAAGAACCUGAAGAUGUUCAAGAAGCCUCCCAAGGAGGAUGGGGAUGACAUCUUCGACAGGCUGACCACUUCCCAGUUGAACAAGCACCUUUCGAGCUACAUGCCGGGUCUGACAGCCAAAGUCUUCCGCACCUAUAACGCUUCGUGGACUAUGUCCCAGCUCCUGCAGAAGCUCAAGGUGGAGGAUAGGACUAUGGCUGAAAAGAUUAAACUGUACAACGACUGCAAUCGUGAAGUUGCCAUUCUCUGCAACCACAAGCGGACGGUUGGGGCCAGCCACGAGGCCCAGAUGGAGAAGCUCACGGAUCGUAUCAAGGGUUUGAAGUAUCAGAAGUGGCGCACCAAGAUGAUGAUGCUUGACUUGGAUCCCAAGUUGAAGAAAAAAAAGGGCGCGGAAUUCUUCGAUCUUGACCCUGACCUGGACGAAUCCUGGAUCGAGCAGCACCAGAAAUUCCUCGUGGAAGAGCAGAAGACCAAAAUCCAGAAGAAGUUCGACAAGGACAACGAAAAGCUCCAAGCCGAGGGAGAGAAACCGAUGCCGGAGAAGGAGCUUAAGGAGCGCAUGAAAGCAGCGACGGAACUGGAAGCGAAGUUCAAGAAGGAGAACAAGACAAAGAAGGUGGAGGCCGAAGGCAAGGGUGUCACGGUUGAGAAGUUGACGGCUGCCAUCGAUAAGCUGGACGAGCGGAUAAGAACCCUUGAGCUGCAGUGUGCAGAUCGCGAGGGCAACAAAGAAGUUGCCCUGGGCACCUCGAAGAUCAACUAUAUCGACCCGCGUCUAACGGUUGUCUUCUCGAACAAGUUUAAGGUCCCCAUCGAGAAGUUCUUCUCCAAGACACUUCGAGACAAGUUCAAGUGGGCCAUCGAGUCCGUUGGGGACGACUCCACCUGGGAAUUUUAA